UCUUUUCCCAGAGUCAGAAAAUACGGAUCCAUAUAUCAUCUUCAUUUCUGAAUGCACCCUUCUCUGUCACUUUCCCACCUUCCCUUCCUUCACCUAACAACCCAUUUCCACUUCUUUGCUUCUAAUAUUCUCCAUUUUCAUUCUAUUCGCAUCAUCAGAUCCAAAUGGCUCUAUCGCGCAUUGCUUCCUCCUCAUCGCAAUCGACCAAUAAUCUCCUCAAACCCCUCUCAUCCUACUUGUCGCUACCACGUCGUUCCAUCUCCUCCUCCUCCACCGAUCCCCUAACCGUGGAGACUUCGCUCCCCUUCACCUCGCACAACUGCGAUGCGCCCUCCCGCGCCGUCGAGACCUCCGCGGCGGAGCUCUCCUCCUUCUUCCACGACAUGGCGGUCAUGCGCCGGAUGGAGAUCUCUGCCGACUCGCUCUACAAGUCCAAGCUGAUCCGCGGCUUCUGCCACCUCUACGACGGCCAGGAGGCCGUCGCGGUGGGGAUGGAGGCGGCGAUCACGCGCAAGGACUGCAUCAUCACCGCCUACCGCGACCACUGCACCUUCCUCAGCCGCGGCGGAACCCUGCUCGAGGUGUUCUCCGAGCUCAUGGGGCGCCGCGACGGGUGCUCCAAGGGGAAGGGCGGUUCCAUGCACUUUUAUAGGAAAGAGGGUGGCUUCUACGGCGGCCAUGGGAUUGUUGGCGCUCAGGUUCCGCUUGGUUGUGGCUUGGCUUUUGCUCAGAAGUAUUGUAAGGAUGAGACUGUUACGUUUUCUAUGUACGGUGAUGGUGCUGCCAAUCAGGGGCAGUUGUUCGAGGCGCUUAACAUUUCCGCACUUUGGGAUCUCCCCUCCAUUUUGGUCUGCGAGAAUAAUCAUUAUGGAAUGGGGACGGCUGAGUGGAGAGCUGCUAAGAGUCCUUCUUAUUACAAGCGUGGGGAUUAUGUCCCUGGAUUGAAGGUAGAUGGCAUGGAUGUUCUUGCUGUGAAACAAGCUAGUAAAUUUGCAAAGGAGUUUGCUUUGAAGAAUGGUCCCAUUAUUCUUGAAAUGGACACAUACAGAUACCAUGGUCACUCCAUGUCUGAUCCUGGCAGCACAUACCGCACACGUGAUGAGAUUUCUGGUGUGAGACAGGAGCGUGAUCCAAUUGAGAGAGUAAGAAAGCUGCUAUUGACUCAUGAUAUUGCUACUGAGAAGGAGCUAAAGGAUAUUGAAAAGGAAGUAAGAAAAGAAGUUGAAGAUGCCAUUGCCAAAGCAAAGGAAAGUCAAAUGCCAGAUCCAUCUGAUUUAUUUACCAAUGUAUAUGUUAAAGGCUACGGUGUCGAGGCUUGUGGUGCUGAUAGGAAAGAAGUUAGAGCUACUUUGCCCUGAUGGAAAACUUUUCCUUUGAAUUUCUUUUCCCUAGUUUCGGACCAAUCAAAAUAAUGAAAAAGAAUAAAAGGUUCUGAAGAUUAUCACUGCCUAUUUGUUGAGCUUUCCCAACUGUAUAUGAAAUUGAUUCUUCAGUAGCAAUGAGGCGGAAUUAAUGUUUUGCAUUGUAAUUUUGGAGGACCUAACAAUCAUAGCAUUAACUCAAUUGAUUAAACAUCCAACUAAUGUCCUGCAAAUUUGGAGUAUUUUGUUGUGCACAACUUCCAUGAUUGGUGGCAAAAUUUUGCCAUUAUUUUAUUUAGGUAUUCACAACCAGAUUGUGAUCAAUUGAAGUCAUCUUUUGGCUAUUAAAAAUUCAUGUUCCUUUGGACAGUUAAAUUUU